AUGAUCACAAACGUCUCACCAAUCAUAAGUGGCAGUAGCUGCCCUAAAAACCCCUGGACUGCCAACAGCAAUAGUGAUCGCCAAUUUAAUUACACUGGGCCCAAUGAAGAAGAGUUUCCCGCUGUUGGCGCCGUGCGCAACCGAAAGACAAAGCUCUCAAAAACGCCAGAGCCACCUUUAACACCCACUGAAAGCAAUAUGCCUCUACAAGAAAAGACUGCAAGUACAAAUGUCCAAAAGCAGAGCCAGGCGCUGCAGCAGCAGCGUGCUGGAUGCCUCAAAAAACAGCAGGUGGUGAACAAAUGGUUGAAGUCCGUGCAGCAACCAGUGGUGACUGCGCAAUCGCAGCUGCUGCCAAUGCUAAAGACAACGAGUCCAGCUCAGUCAAAUGUCAUUUACGCCAGUGCGCCCCCUCCUAGAUUUUCAACACAUUUCAAGCGUAGUGCGAAUAAUAUUCCAAUGGUGGAGACCACCAAUACAGAGUUGAUCUUUUCAUCGCGAUGGGGCGAUAGUGACAGCGAUGAAGCCGCAGAGCCAGCACAAGCUACUCCUUCACAAGCUAUGCCUGCACAGCUCUCUGACGCCAAUGUAGUAGAUCUUAAUACGGAAGAGCCUGCUGUGUAUAUCCAACAACCUAUGCGUCAAGAUAUCAAUGUGAAUAAUGCUACAAAUAGGCGAAACAAGCCGAUUUUUGCAAGAAACUGGAUCGAUGAUGCCAGCAAUGAUAUGAUGGAGCAGGAUCUGGAUGAUAUGCAAUCUAUAGAGUCCAGCCAAGCGCCUGAUGCUGAUUUAUCGUUUAUGCAGGAGCUGCAACAGGCAAUUGUGGGCAAAGAAGCAACUCCAGUGGCGGAUACUACACCCAUAUUCGAAUCCCAAACCCAAUCUGAGUUGCAAGCGGAAUCUCAACUACAGGACAUUGCCUCCCGCAGCACACUCAAUUUCAAUGCGAAGGAAUUUCGUCCUAGCAGCAUUGGUUUUAGCCAAACUGAGGACAUACCAAUGCGUGCCCAGCAGCAGCCCAGAAAUAUGCUAAGUGAGCGUCGUCGCCGCCAACGCUUCCAUCGCAUACUCAAGCCGCAUUCGCUGUUUGAGCUAGUAACGUUGCCUGGACAGCAGGAGCCUGUACAGCUGCCAGCGCUGCUUCCCACACCCAAUAUACCGCCCAACUAUAACUAUAACUUCAAGUCGUUCCAUUCGACGCCAAAGAGUAGCAACUACAGAGGCUCGCAGGUCACCAACAACAACAGUGAAGCCGCAACUCAGUCGGUUUUUCGGCACGCCAGCCUCCCCAGCACGGGUAUUGGCACAGACAGCAGUGGCAAGGACAGCGCCAGCCCACCUUCAACUAUAACUACGUACGAUCCCGGCGAGAUGAAAUUCGAAAGUAGCUGGCAUGAUGCACCAAUAGAGAUGCAGCAGAAAGAGAAUGUGAUAGAGCAGGAGCAGCAGAAACAAGAAGAAAAUACAACACCCCCACCACAGCUACCGCGCCAUCAUCUUUUCACCACUAACGACAUUCGUGGUGCUUUCGUCGAUCUAAACCUUAUGCCUCGCCCCAUCCAAAAGCUGUAUCGCCUCAUCUGUGGCAAGAACUCCGACUUCGCCUUUGUGUUCGCGCUGAGCUCGCAGUUGUGUCAGGAAUUUAUACCCAUGGGCUACUAUGUGUAUCUAAAAAUGGCCAUGCUUGCCAGCUUGGCCAGCAUCGAGCUGGACGAGCUGCGCCCACCGAUAUCCCUGUGCGUACUAUGCAACGAUACCUACAUUGCGCAUCGCUUGCUCUACAGCGUGGGUCAGCUGGCGCCGCGUUUUGUGGGUCCACACAAUGGCAAACAGCAGGCAGUUGUAUCUCCUUUGCCUGCACAUCACACCUGGAUUGCAGCCAGUCCGCUGAUAUUGGCACAGCAAGGUAUCUACUAUGUGGGCGAUUGGAAUCGCCUGCUGCGGGACCAGUGCGAGGAGCUUGAGAAGUGCAUUGAAAAUGCCAGCGUGCCGUUGCCGCCGCAGCGUGGAGAGGUUAACGAGCAGCCACUUGAGGCAUCCAUCUGGACCUACUGGCAGCCCGAAAAUGCUGCCAAUCAGACCACGGCUUUUGCCAAGCUGUGUCCCAUCUUUGGCUUGCCGCUGUGCAUGGACGAGCAGGUGGAUGAGGUUUUGUGGGACUACACUUUGCGCAAAUUCUCAGAGAAUGCGCCAGAGUCAGAUCCCCAUAUGUUAUCCAUACCUGAUGAGCAUAUGCGCGAGUUUCUUUCACUGCUCCAACAGCGCAAGGUGGAGUUUACGCCCGAGGCGGAGAGUCUACUGCGCAAAUACUAUCUAGUCUCACGCCAAGAGCGUUCAACUGUGUUCACCAGCAAGACGUACAUUGUACUAAAGCAGUUUGCCGAAUCCUUUGCUAAGUUGGGUAUGCGACUGAAAGUGCUUGAGGCCGACGUUGUCGUGGCCAUUUUUCACUGCGAGCAUUUUGUAGUGAGCGUCCUGGGAGCUGGCAAGCAUCCGCCACCGGCUGUCAUUCGCCUCAAAGUUGUCUCCAAGGUGGAUAAAUACAUGAACGAGUUUGCUCGCUGGCUAUUUGAGUACUUGGACCUCCAUGACAAUAAUGAUCUCGAUGCGUCUACAUCUUGCAAACGUCCCCGUUUCUUUUAGCCAAAGAAAAGAACUGCUGGUGACAUAUUUUAUAUAAUUUUAUUAUAAACAUAACCAGUAUUGAGUGAAGACAGAAUUUCUUUUUCUAACAAUGUUAGUAGCAAAGCAUUAUUUAGUUAUAAGUUAGGAACAUAAGGCUCUCUAAGGAGAAUGCUAUCAAAAAACUGUGAAUCCCGAUUAAGCUCGAAACAUGUUGUGUUCCUUUUCGCGACCAAUUGUCAUCAGUCGUCUAAAUUGUUUUCCAUUCUGCAAAAAGAAACAAAAAUUAAUAAUAAUAUAUUAACAGAAAAACUCUUUAUGUAGUUUUAAGUCAUAGACCU